AUGUCAAGAACUAAUAAUAAAAACCCAAUAGAUCAAAAUUGGCAAAAUAAUGAUUAUGAAAUUAAAGAACAAGAUCGAUUUCUACCCAUUGCCAAUGUUGGAAGAGUAAUGAAAAAGGCAUUACCUGAACAUGCAAAAUUAUCAAAAGAAUCAAAAGAAUGUAUUCAAGAAUGUGUAUCAGAAUUCAUAUCAUUUAUAACUAGUCAAGCUGCUGAUCGUUGUUUAGUAGAAAAACGGAAAACUUUAAAUGGUGAAGAUAUAUUAUGGGCAAUGUAUACUUUAGGUUUUGAAAAUUAUUCUGAAACUUUGAAAAUUUAUCUUGCUAAAUAUCGUCAAUAUGAACAAGAACAAUUGAGUCUUAAACCACCAAGAAAGAAAAUACGGAAAAGGAAAACUAAAAGUUCUUUGUCACAAACUCAAAGUAAAGAACAAGUAGACCAAGACCAAGACUUUCAACAAAUCGAACAACAAUAUGACGAUGGAGAAGAAGAAGAAGAAGAACUGGAAAACGAAGAAGGGGAUAUGUCUAAUAUAGAACUGAAUUUAAUAUUACAAAAUUUACCUGAAUAUUCCGAUGACUAUUUUGAUGAUGAAGAUGAAGAAGAAGAUAGGCAACAACAAAGAGAAGAAAAUAGUGAUAAUGAACCACAACAACAUCACGGAGACGAUUCUCAACCAAUUAAUUUGCAACCACAAUUACCAUCAUCAGCAGUACCAUCCUUACCAACACAACAACAACAACAAUUCAGUGAUAUUAACCCAACUACAGAAUCAAAUCAACAAGAAUCUUUCUUCACUACUCAAUAUUAUCCUAAUCAAACUCAAUAUGUGAAUGCUGCACCAUUACCAACGAAUCCCCAACCUAGACAAUAUCAAAAUCAAAAUCAACCAAAUAAUUAUCAAAAUGAUCAACGCCAAAACGACAAACAACGGAUUAUUCCUGAUUUACUUAACAUAACUAAUUCAUAUUCUGAAGAUGAAUUUAUUUAA